CACACACACUCUCGGCUUGCAGAGAAUGAGAGGAUAAACGUACAGACAGGAAGGACUGACCCAAGAGCGUUAGAGAGAGAGAGAGCCAGAGAGAGAGAGAGAACAAGAGAGCAAGGGAGAGAGGGACUAUCCAGCACUCAGUCAUUACGCUUCCAGGGAUAGCAGAGAGAGAGACUACAGAGCCAUACUACUACAAUAUCUGUGUCCUGUAAUUUUUGAACUUUUUCACUUUAAUUUGUUAACUUUUUUUCACAACCUUAUUUUUUAAAUCUAACAAUAUAUUUUUUUCAUUCUGAAGCAGAGGACUUGGCUGUUACUUCUUCUUGUGUUCUCUGGGAUAUUUCUAAUGGUACUCUGCCCUCUGGUCUCCAGUGAUCAGCACACUGUGGACCAGGGACCUCUCUGCCCCUGACAAGGCAUCGUGGAGAGGCUGCUUGGCUGCUUGUCGUCAGGGCUGGGUUGCUGCUGCUUCUUCUUUGCAGGGAAUGCAAAGGGACGCUCCUGAAAAGCCUACGGAGGGGACUCAAGGUGAAGGAAGGGAAGGGAAGGAAGGAGCUGUGGCCCCACAGAACUGAGAGAACUGCCCCCCCUCCCCAACCCCAAGGCGCCCCAUCCCACUGCAGCAUGGAACUCCCCCCAUUCAGAGGUCUUUCUGAUGUGCCGUGAGAGGUGAGAGCCCCCCACCCCAGUCCCGACCCCCUCCCUGGUGCUCCUUCUCCCAGGACCAGGAUGGACCCUCUCCCGGGUCAUGGCCCUCCACCAGUCAGGAUGGACGUUGAUGGGCUGGACCUCCAGCAGGUGCCUGUCCUCUCCCUGGACCAGAUCCGCUCCAUCCGCGCCAACAACGACUACGUGGAGCGCCCCGUGACCCUGGACCAUGCCUCCCAGUCCGGCUUCUUCUACGCCCACGAUGACCGCUACCCCAUCACCCACGGAUACCCUCCUCAAGGUUACUCUCAUGGUUACCCUCAGGGAUACCCUCUCCCCCGGAGCCAGAGCCAGCAGCAACACGCCCACCUUGCCCAUCUGAGUCGCUCCAGUACUACCAGUUCAGCCAUGUCCCGGAUCAGCGCUGCCUCCGACCAGAGACUCCUGGUGGGCCUGACGCCCUCCCACUCUGGCCUGGCCUCGGUAGUGCGCUCCCAGCCUAAAGGAGAACUCAAGCCUGAGGCUUCUCUGGGUAAAGGCCUGGUGGAGGGAGAGGACCUGGGCUUGCACCUGUUUAUCUGUGAGCUCUGUGGGAGGUGUAAGUGUCAGGAGUGCUGCGCUCCGCGAAGCCUGCCGUCCUGCUGGGCCUGUGGGCAGCGCUGCCUUUGCUCUGCUGAGAGUGCUGUGGAGUAUGGCACCUGUCUGUGCUGCGUUAAGGGCCUGUUCUACCACUGCUCCACUCAGGAUGACGAGGACAACUGCGCUGACCGGCCCUGCGCCUGCACAUCCGCCCACGCCUGCACCCGCUGGGGCACCAUGGGUCUUCUGGCGCUGUGCCUGCCCUGUCUCUGCUGCUACCCACCUGCCAGGCUGUGCCUCGCCCUGUGCCAGCGGGCCCACGACCGAGCCACCCGCCCCGGCUGCCGCUGCAGCAACACCAACACUGUGUGCCGUAAGAUCUCAACCUCCAACCCCAACCCUGGGCACACCCCCUUCUGCAGAAAGUCCCUGGAAAAGCCUGUAUGACAGGGCUGCAGCGGGAGUCAGCCAUCGCCUAGACAACGCAGUCUCAGUGACAACAUUACCAUGACAACAAACACUGUUGCCAUGACAACGCCAUCACCCCCUCCAUCCAUGACCUACCUACCGUGACCUUUCACCUUACGUACCUUCCAUACUUCUCCUCCUGCCUGAGGAGAAAUGACCAAAAGCUUUACUGUACUUCACUGUAACUGUACAUGUGGAGACUUGAGCCGAAACCUGAAAACCGCCUGGUGCUUUUUUGCUGAACUGACUGCCAAUCUUAACCUUACUGUGUUACUGUGUGGGCACACUGCCUCUACCUUCCUCUUACUUUGUGGGCCAGCAUAGCGUACAUACUGUGGCUCUGCUCGGUGGGAUGGACUGGGGUUCCUCACUGUGCUGUGUGAUGGACUGGGGUUCCUCACUGUGCUGUGUGAUGGACUGGGGUUCCUCACUGUGCUAUGUGAUGGACUGGGGUUCCUCACUGUGCUAUGUGAUGGACUGGGGUUCCUCACUGUGCUGUGUGAUGGACUGGGGUUCCUCACUGUGCUAUGUGAUGGACUGGGGUUCCUCACUGUGCUGUGUGAUGGACUGGGGUUCCUCACUGUGCUAUGUGAUGGACUGGGGUUCCUCACUGUGCUAUGUGAUGGACUGGGGUUCCUCACUGUGCUGUGUGAUGGACUGGGGUUCCUCACUGUGCUAUGUGAUGGACUGGGGUUCCUCACUGUGCUAUGUGAUGGACUGGGGUUCCUCACUGUGCUAUGUGAUGGACUGGGGUUCUUCACUUGCUAUGUGAUGGACUGGAGUUCCUCACUGUGCUGUGUGAUGGACUGGGAUUCCUCACUGUGCUGUGUGAUGGACUGGGGAUCCUCACUGUGCUGUGUGAUGGACUGGGGUUCCUCACUGUGCUGUGUGAUGGACUGGGGUUCCUCACUGUGCUGUGUGAUGGACUGGGGAUCUUCACUGUGCUGUGUGAUGGACUGGGGUUCCUCACUGUGCUGUGUGAUGGACUGGGGUUCCUCACUGUGCUGUGUGAUGGACUGGGGUUCCUCACUGUGCUGUGUGAUGGACUGGGGUUUGCUCUGUUAGACUUGACCUAUUUAUUAUUUAUUGGACUUCCUCCUCAGUGAGGUAGAGAGAGAGACAGCGAGAGCGGACCAUGUGUGACUCUGAGUACAGUGAGUAAGCUACUAGAACAAAUCCCAACACAGCCAUUAAUAAAAGGAGUCUCUGGCAAAUGUAUAUUCCAGGCAUGAGAUAGACAGAGACUGGGUGGUCUACAGGGAGUCUACAGGGUGUGCCUCCUUCCAUCCCCUCCCUCCCUCCCUGUCGCUCUGAAGAGGCAUCCUGGAGCCGACCAACUGAAUGGACAUACAAGAUGUGUCAUUGAGCAGCCAUGGCUGACAUUUAGUGUGAGGCGGAUGUAAAGACCCUUUCCUAAUGGUGGAACAAAACUCUGAAAUUGAAAAAUGUAUUACUGUUUGACACACCAAAAACGGACCAUGAUGCACCAGGUGAUUCUAAAGUGAUUAAGCACAUUUGAUAUGGAAGGCACUAUGAGAUAUAGAGGUGGAUCGUCUGUAGUGUUCCCCAGCUGUCUGUCAUAUGAACAGGGGGGGCUCUGUUAUGACCAGGUAGUGUGUGAUGGCAUGUGUGUCUGUGUAUACGUGUGUGUGUGCAUGCACGCGCGCGCAUGUUUGUGUAUGUACACUAAUGGUUACGUGUAAGUGUGUAUGUGGGUCCGUGUAUGUUGGUGUGUGUUCUUGCCUGUGUAUGUACAGUAUAUAUGUAUGUGUGUGUGUGUGUGUGUGUGUGUGUGUGUGUGUGUGUGUGGGUGCACAUGUCCCCUUCCUGUUUGCUGUCAGCAGAAGCCUCCUAUUUUAUUUUUAGCACAGCUGCUUCAGAGGACCCAGAGUCUGGUCAGGUUUCUUCUCCACGGCAGGCUGACGCCAGCCUUCCCCGACCCCUCACCGCCUUCAUCUCCCCCGCCUCACCCCUCCUUACCCGCUGCCUCUAGUCUACCCAUCCCCCAGCCUCCCUCAGUAACCCUCCCCAAGCCUCCCCUGACCCAUUCUUUCCUCCCCCUCCUCUAUUCCCCCCUCCAUCUGGACUGCUGCUGUCCACGUGCAGAGGGACCAAAGAGACAGAGCUUCUCCACAGUCUAAAAUACAGAGGGACAUCACAGGAGUGAGGACAGGAAGCCAGAUAAGAAAUAUCACUUUCUUUACAGAUCCGUCCUCCAUCCUUACCACUUCGUCCACAACACGAGGCAUUUCGCAACGACAGCCUGUAUAUACCUUGACAGGGCUUUUCUGACCGACCCCUAGUCACAUACCCACCCACUUAAUGAACUAACAGGUUCCAGUCCUCCUCCUCUGAGUUGAUCAGGAGGCAAUUAGCUUCUAAUGGGGAAAGAGGGAGGGAUGGAGGGAGGUGUGUGUGGAAGGUGAAACGGAGGAAAAGAGAGAGUGCGAGGGAUCUGUGGAAGGGGAGGAAGGAGAAAAGGAAGGGACAGAGGAGAUUGGGGACAGGGGGCUGGAGGUUAGGAAGACUGAUGUUAACCUGUGGGAGUGAGGUCAUAACAAAGGGGAGAUGAAGAGCAGGUGGGGAGGGAUGGAGGGAUAAAGGGAUAGGGAGGGACUGAGUCUGGGAGGUCUGGUUGUCUUAUGCACUGAUAUCCAAAACCGGGAUGUGAAAAAUAACACGCCAUGUCAAGCAUGUCUGUGUGUGUGUGUGUGUGUGUGUGUGUGUGUGUGUGUGUGUGUGUGUGUGUGUGUGUGUGUGUGUGUGUGUGUGUGUGUGUGUGUGUGUGUGUGUGUGUGUGUGUGCUUUACUGUAUGUAAUGUGUGUCUGUGCGUUUAUUCACCUACACACAUACACACUCAUCCGAGUUGUUAAAGUUGCUUUGCUAUAUUUUUGUAUGUACAUACUGACUGUUAUCCUAUAUCCUAUGUGUGUAUGUUUAUUCCUUGUUUUGUUCCCUUUUAUUAUUAUCACUGUUUCUAUUAUUAUUUUCUAUUAUAUUGAACAUUUACUUUGACUCACAGACUUGGUCAAUACUUCUAACCGUUUUAGAAGUUUUUCACUGUGGAGGAGAAGCUCACUGACCAUCGGCCAAACCUGUCAUUUGUACCUCCACUUCACUAUCUCUUCUGUGAUUAAUUUCACACGCACAUGUUCAGACACACACAAAUACACACUCACGCACACACUUCACGGCCACUGUGCAAGGCCCAGGUUAAUGGUCUCUCCUCCACAGUCCAGCCCGUGUAGAGCUCUCCCAGGUGGUCAGAUGUUGAGUGGAAGGGCUCAGUGUGUAGGUACUGUACAGUACAUGCAUUUCUAGAGAAUAACAACUAACCCUCCAGGGUGCUGUAUGCUGGCUACAGGUUAACCACUAAACUUCCCCAUGUCGUAUUAGUAAAUAUUGCUUUGGUACAAUUGGCAUCUUGUAUGUUGUAAAAUAAUUUAAGGAGAAUAUAUGGACACAGAAAUUUAUCAAAAUGAAUAUAUUAUAUAUAUAUUAAAUAUACAUUUCACACAUAUUUCUUUUCCGUUGCUGAUAUUACAGAUGUGUCACAGAUAUUUAUUUAACGGUUGCGAUGAGAGAAAAGUAUUUAUUUAACGGUGGAUGUGGCGAGGAUGAUGAUGACUGUUGUUGGCUUGGUUUGGUUUCUCUUGGAGGGGUGUGGCGGCUGCAGCCCUCAUGGCUAAAGAUAACCAAUAAAAGGUGUUUCCAAACGGC